CUCCUGCCUUGCUCCACCGUCCGGAUCCGAAACCCAAGGCCCGCCGGAUUUCCGUGAGUUCGGGGGUUUUGAAUGCGAUUUUAAGUGAGAGUCGCGCGUCGCGUCCGGAAGGCGGGGCGGUGACAUUUCGGAUACCGGAAUCAUUCAUCCCAUACAAUUCUGCCAUCUGAUGGUAGAAGCCAUUUUCGACCAUGGAUGAGCCACCAAAUCGAAGCAUCUCGAAAGCAAACAAAGCCGACGAAGUGCCCCCUCUCUUGCUGUCAAAGGACGAGCAGCGCGUCCUAGCUCUCUACGAUGAGCUUCGCGACCUCGAGAUCAAGGUCGCCCUGGUGAAGGCGCAACAGAGCCAUGUCUCAGACUCAACAACGCGAAGCACAGAAGAAAACGUGAGAAAGGCCCAGCAGGACGCGUCAACGGCGCGUGCGGGAUGGCUUCUACGGAACAACAUCACAGACAGCGUCAUGACUGCCAACCCCAUGCUCAAAGCCGUUCAUGGGAGUACACAGUCAACGCCCAUUGAAACUGACCUCCUACCACACAUCCGGUCCCGCGACAACGUCUCCGUCGCUCUCGCUAAUAAAUCAGACGAUCUCCGCAGCCUCAUCAACCAGCUGACCGAGGUAGAAGCCGAGAGUCUGCGGGUCGGCCGGAAAAACGUCGAGCUCACGGCCGAGAUCCUCAAGCUCACCGAGGACGCGGAGAAGAGAAGAGCGGGCGAGACCGACGACCCCGCCGUACAGGCGGAGAUGGCCAGACUCCAAGCCGAUUUGAAGGCGAGCAGACAGCGGUGGAAAGUCAUGAAAGGCACGGCUAGCGCUGUCGUCGUCGGCAGCGGCGUGGACUGGUCCAGAGACGAAGCGCUGCGCGACGUGGUGUUAGAUCCCGAAGAUGACGAAUAA